AUGGCUGCCGCCGAUGUCCGCGACAUGCUCGACUUGCCCGCGGAGGGCCAACCGCGGCCUCAUAAAAAGCAGAAGGUCGUGGAAAAGAGGCCAGAGGGCAUCACCCGCGAGCUCUUUGCUCUUUUAGGAGAACGAGCACCUCCGAUCGCAAUCAACGAGAAUAGAUACAAGGGUCGGCCGAAAUGGCAGACGAAAGCUCGUGUACGGCCUUGCGCACGAUCGGACGACCUUGUGCUACGGCACUGGCAGAGAGAGCCCGAAUCGACGAAUAUACCGGCUAUCGAAGACACCAGAGCAGAGGGAGAGACGAAAGAGCAAGGAGAACACAAAACUGCCGACCGAGAAUACCCAUUUGCGAAAUAUAACAUCAAACUGAAGUUUUCCAACCGGUACACUACGGACGAAUAUAACCGCCAUCUGAGGAGCGAAGAUUGGUCGCGAGAAGAGACAGACUAUUUGAUGGAUUUGGUCGAGGAGUAUGAUCUCCGCUGGGUGGUGAUUGCCGAUCGAUACGACUUCCAACCGCAACGCGUCGAUAAUACAGAAGAGACCUCAAGCGCACUGGUACCUAGCAAACAGUUCAGAACGAUGGAGCAGAUGAAAGCCCGCUACUAUUUCGUCGCCGCCUCAAUGCUCGCACUGGAACACCCACCCUCCGAAAUGUCCGAGGCGGAAUUCGAUCUGCACGAAAGGAUGAUGAAGUUCGAUCCUGAGCGCGAACGCCACCGCAAAGAACUCGCCGCCCUCCAGCUAAACCGCACAGCCGACGAAGUCCGUGAGGAAACCGUCCUCCUAGAAGAGCUCAAGAGGAUCACAGCCAACGAGCAGGAAUUCGUCACCGAACGCCGAGAACUCUACUCCCGCCUCGACGUCCCCAUCAGCGUCAGUAACGCUACAAACUACCACAACAGCCAGGGCCUCUCCCAUCUCCUCCAAACACUCCUUCAAGCUGACAAAAGCAAAAAACGCCGCUCCAUACUCGGCCCCGAUGGUAUCGCUCCCACAUCCGGCGGCCAAACCCCCACUAUUCCCAACGCCCCGGGUAGCGCCCGCGACAGCAGCAGAGCAGACACUCCCAACGGCGGAACCACACAAUCUACAACGACGAAGAAGGCCGCCGCUGCAGCCAACAGAGAAGCAGCGCAACAAGCAAUCCGCACUCUCACACCCGCCGAAGAAGCCCGAUACGGCGUGCAGCACCACGACCGUCUUGCACCAGGAGUGCAAUUUCGGAGCGACCGCGCGCAAAAGCUCACACAGGCGAAAUCCCACGUACAGACUCAGAAACUUGCCUCUGCACUUGCUGAGCUCGAGGUACCACUUCGUCUGUUCAUGCCGACAGAGCGCGUUGUGAAAGAAUUUGAGAAACUGAUUCACUCCGUGAAUCUUUUGCUGGAUGCCCGCAAGGUCGCUGAGAAGGUGGAGAGUGAAAUUCGUGUGUUGGAGGCAGCGAAGGAGGAGCGGGAACGCAAGGCGAAGGAGUUAAGGGAGAAAGACAAGCCUGAAGUCAAGUCGGAGCAGCAGGAUAAUGAUGUUCCCAUCCCACCAGCGCCUGCACCUGUUGCCGCGGGUGAUGCUUCACAGACUGGGCAACCUGCCAAAACGAAUGAAGGACAAGCAGAACUGAAUGGUUCAUCUACUACCAAUAAUGUUGCUGAUAGUGAGCCGUCUACGCAAGAGCAAGAGGGCGUCUCGCAUAAGCGUUCUGCUAGCGUGCUCAGUAAUGGGAGCGACAAAAGCUCGAAGCGGCAGAAGAAAUGA